AUGGCCCAGGCUGCUCCGAGGCGACAGGACUGUUGGGGCCGAAUCCUCUUUUGUUUUCUCCUGGGGAUGGUGUGGGAGAAUGGAGCUGGGCAGAUUCGCUAUUCUGUGUGGGAGGAAAUGCAAAAAGGUUCUUUUGUGGGUGAUGUGGCCAAGGAUCUGGGCUUGGAGCCUCAGAAGCUUUCGGAGAGCGGAGCCCGCAUAGUCUCCAGAGGUAAGACGCAGCCUUUUGCUCUGAAUGUUAGAAGCGGCAGUUUGUUGACCGCGGAUAGAAUAGACAGAGAAGAGCUUUGCCCCGGGACCCCAAAGUGCCUUUUAAAUGUCGAGAUUCUAAUGGACGACAAAAUCAACAUUUAUGGAGUGGAAAUAGAAGUGAUGGAUAUUAAUGACCAUGCUCCCCGCUUCCGGGUAGAUGAAGUGGAAAUAAAAAUCAGUGAGAAUGCAGCAGUGGGGACGAGUUUUCCACUUCCGAAUGCUAGGGAUCCAGAUUUGGAAAGAAAUUCCCUCCAGAAUUACCAGCUAAGCUCAAAUAGUCACUUCUCUUUGCACGUGCAAAGUAGAACCGAUGGGGCCAAGUACCCGGAGCUUGUGUUGGAGAGGGCACUAGACCGGGAGGAGGAACCCGUCCACUACCUCACCCUCACAGCCAUGGACGGGGGAAAUCCUGUGCGAUCGGGAACUGCGAGAAUUCGCGUGGCCGUUCUGGAUAUUAACGACAACCCGCCAGUGUUCCCUCAGUCGGAAUACAGCGUGAGUGUUCCUGAGAAUGUGCCCAAGGGGACCCUGCUACUCACAGUCAAUGCCACUGACCCUGAUGAAGGAGUUAAUGGGGAAGUGACAUAUUCAGUGAGAUACUUCAAAGACGAAACUUCUGAGAUUUUCCAUCUGGAUUCUCACACAGCUCAGCUCUUUACUCGAGAAACCCUGGACUUUGAGGAGUUUGCAGCCUAUGAAAUGGAAAUUCAAGGACGGGACGGUGGUGGUCUCUUAAAUCGCGCUAAAGUACAGGUUACAGUUCUGGAUGUGAAUGACAACACUCCAGAGAUUAUUGUCGCUUCUUUAUCCAGCUCGGUUCCGGAACACUCACCUCCUGGGACCGUGAUUGCUCUUUUAAACGUGCAUGAUCGAGACUCUGGAGACAAUGGUAGAGUCAUAUGUUCCAUUCCCGAACAUCUACCCUUUAAAUUAGAAAAAUCUUACGGAAAUUAUUACCGUCUGAUGACUGUCAGAGCCUUAGACCGGGAGCAGGUUUCUGAGUACAAUUUCACCGUGACAGCCACGGACCAAGGGAUUCCAUCGUUAUCUACAAGCACCCACAUUUCCCUGCACGUGGCAGACAACAAUGACAACCCACCCAGCUUCCGCCAAGCAUCCUACUCUGCCUACAUACGAGAAAACAAUCCUAGAUCUGCUUCCAUUUAUUCAGUGACAGCUAGUGACCCGGACAGUGGGGAAAACGCCCAUAUUACUUACUCUAUUGAGGAAGAUACCAUCUAUGGGACUCCACUCUCCUCCUACAUCUCCAUUAACUCUGAGACUGGUGUUCUCUAUGCUCUGCGCUCCUUCGAUUAUGAACAGUUCCGGGAUUUGCAGCUAACAGUGACUGCCCAGGAUUCCGGGAAACCUCCUCUAAGUAGCAACGCAACCUUGAAUCUAUUCAUUCUAGAUCAAAAUGACAACGCCCCGGAAAUCCUGUACCCAACCUUCCCAACAGAUGGUUCCACAGGAGUAGAAUUGGCUCCUCGUUCUGCAGAGCCAGGCUACCUAGUGACUAAAGUUGUAGCAGUGGAUGGAGACUCUGGACAGAAUGCCUGGUUGUCCUAUCGCCUGCUCAAGGCCUCAGAGCCAGGCCUCUUCUCUUUGGGCCAGCACACAGGUGAAAUCAGGACAGCUCGGGCUUUCCAUGACAAAGACUCCCUCAAGCAGAGUCUAGUGGUGGCAGUCACUGACAAUGGGGAACCUCCUUUAUCUGCAACAGUUAGUGUCACAGUGGCUGUGGCAGACAGCAUCCCAGAAAUCCUCUCAGACCUUAGCAACCCGAAGGCCUUUGAAGACCAACAGGAUUCAAGCCUCACACUCUAUCUGGUCAUUUCUGUGGCUACUGUUUCCUGCUUUUUCUUUAUAUUCAUUAUAAUCAUAUUGGCACUCAAGCUUCGAAAGUGGCGGAUUUCCAAACUGUUGGAAUCAACCAAUGGACAUUUUUCAGGGGUUGGUGCUUCACAGUUUGUUGGCAUUGAUGGAGUUAGAGCUUACCUCAAGACUUACUCCCAUGAGGUUUCCCUCACCAUGGAUUCUCAAAAGAGCCAAAUGCUUUUUCCUCAACCCAACUAUGCAGAUACUUUAAUUAGUCAAGAUAGUUGUGAGAAAAAGGACUCUGUGUUGGUAUCAGAUUAUAUGCCUGGCACAGUUUUAUUACAAAAUGAACAGAACUAUCUUCAGGUGCUGAAGAGAUAG